CACGGAUUUCCUAAACUUGGCCGGUUCCUCUUGUUGGAGCCAAAUUAAUGAGGCGGCUAAAGUCAUUAAUUGGCCACUUAAUUGGCCCAUGUCGCUGGCGCGCUGCUUCCGCUGGCUUUUAGCGCACCGCCAUCCCUCACUCCUGCUGCCAGACAUCACAAUCCCACCUUGUCAAAACGAUUUAGGGUCAGUCUCUCAGACGGGAAAGGUGCUCUCGCCGUGGAUGACCCCCCCUCCUCCCUACACAUACACACACACACACACGCACACACACAUCUGGAUCCCCCUCAAUCAGUAUCUCCCUCCCACUCUAUCUCGGUGUUUUAUGUCUGCGUCACAACAAGUCGGUCGAGAGCGAGAGGUAGGGAUGAUGGCGUCUCUGGCGGCUUGAUUCCGAUGCUGCUCUGACAAUCCCGCCUUAAUAGCAUCAAUAGGUGGUGGCGGAGAGGGGGAUAGGAGAGCAAAAGAGACGGGGACAUGACGAAACGGCAUCGCGGAGGACGGACAAACUAGAGACGGACGGACAGCCAGUCGCCCCCCCCCCUUCUCGCUGACGGCUUGACUGACACACACACACACACACACACACACACACACACACACACACACACACACACACACAAGCGCUUGGCACAGACAGGGACAUGCAUGCACACCAUCCACUUUUUGCAAGCACGCAGGCUGCGCAUCCGAGUGGGCAGUAAUUGGGCAGCGGAGAUUCACAGCAGAUGAGGGCAUUUCAUGUCCAGCCUGCACAGGAAUCACUGUGACCCCGACGGAAAGGAGUUCGACUUGACAGGAUGGGGGGAGUAAGUGAAGGAGAUGAUGUGUUGGCUCGAUGGAGUGAUGGACUACUGUACCUCGGCAAUGUGAAAAGAGUAGACGGAGUCAAGCAAUGUUGUCUGGUGAGAUUUGAGGACAACUCGGAGUUCUGGGUACUGAGAAAGGACAUUCACUCAUUCGCUGCUGGAGUGGAAGAAGUUUGCUGUAUUUGUGACGCUCCGCCUCUUAAAGAACCUCUCAUAAAUUGUCUCAAAUGUCGCCACGGUUAUCAUUCAGAGUGCCACACGCCAACCAUCGAACCGGAAGCUGACAGCGAUUCGUGGAUAUGUCGACAAUGUGUCUUUGCAGUUGCAACCAAGAGAGGCGGUGCACUCAAACGGGGACGCUUCGCCCGGCUCAUGCAAUUUAUGAAACUCCGGCUUCCCUACCAGCUGUCGUCUUUAGACUGGGACCCACAGCAUCUGACCAAUCAGCAACAGUGCUACUGCUACUGUGCCGGACCUGGAGAGUGGAACCUGAAGAUGUUGCAGUGUGGAAGCUGUGGUCAGUGGUUCCACGAGGCCUGCACACAAUGUCUGACCAAACCAUUGCUGUAUGGAGACAGGUUUUAUCAGUUCCAGUGCUCAGUAUGUACAAAGGGACCAGAGACCAUCCAAAGGCUACCCAUGACCUGGAUGGAUUUGGCUCAUUUAGUGCUCUACCAUCUCUCGCUGUGCUGCAAGAGGAAAUACUUUGAUUUUGACCAUGAAAUCCUGUCCUUCACCAAUGAGAAUUGGGAGUCGUUGCUUCUAGGAGCGCUCUCUGACACGCCAAGGCAAGACCGCUGUCACAAUCUCCUCAACGCUCUCAACUCUCACAAGGACAGGUUUGUCUCUGGAAAGGAGAUCAAGAAGAAGAAGUGUCUUUUUGGGCUUCAGGUUCGAGCUCCCCCUCCGCUGACGUCCGAUUCGUCGCCGCUCAUCACCGACCCCCCUAUCAACAUCACGCAUAGGAGAAGGUCAGACCCGUUGUCAUUACCCUGCCAGAGGAGAGUGGGGGGGCCAGAGUCACGCAAAUCAAAGCGUCGCAUCAUGGAGACACAGGCUUGUCCACCCCCAGUCGCUGCCAACCCCAUUGAGCUGCUGCCAUGUUGCCAUGGCUACAUGGGAGGGACCAGCCUUUACAACUCCAGGAAGUCAGAGGAGGAGCUUAGUUUGAGCUCUCCUCCCAAGCGGAUGUAUGCCCUGUACCACACCACCUACAACGGGAAUAAUGCACUCUCCAGGAGUCUCCAUCACUUCAACAGCGUCGAGGACACCUGCAGAGUAGUGCCGCCUUGCUUCCCAUACCCCCUCAACGCCAAUGGCAACCAUCACCAUCACCACUCCCACCAACACCAACACAACCACCAACAUAACCACCAACACAGUCACCAACACCAGCCGGGGCAGAAGCAGCUGGAGCCCCUCUUCCUAUGUGAUAUGCCCCCAUACCAGGCCAGUAUGGGCGGAGGAGGUGGCGUAGGUGGAGGAGGCGGAGGAGGUGGGGGUGGCGGUGGAGGAGGAGGAGGCGGGGGGAUGGUAGUUGGAGGCGGGGACGGGACAGUGGCCAGGAGCUGGGGAGGAGGGGAGGCAGUGAGGAUCUUGGCGAGACGCGUCACGCCAGACGGAAAGGUGCAGUACCUUGUAGAGUGGGAGAACGUGAAUUUGUACUGACACAAAGUGAGUAAACUUGAGACGCAAUGACUGUUUUGAAGUUGCCACAGGAAUACUGUGUAUGUAAGGUGUGGCAGUGUUUGAAGUACAAAAAAAAGAAAAAAGGACAAAAAAAUUCUCUACACAUUGCUAAUCCAGGUUGCUCUUAUAGUAUCACCUCUAUUCUACAUCAUUGUUAACUCACUACUCGUUACUAAAUGUCCCUCUUUGCUAGUGUUUCUCUGAUAUUUGUACUGUUAACUUUGGAAUAUGCCUUUGCAUUUAUCAUGUUUAAUGGUGAUAAGGGAAGAUAUUUAAUCCUCCGGAUGAUUUGUAAAUCUUUGGAAAACAACAAGAGCAUGUCUUUAAUUGUACUGGUAUUUUGAUGUACAGCACUGUAGAUAAGGAACAGUGAAGUACAAGAAAUAAAAAAACUAAAUCUUACUGCUUUUUCAGUAGAGAAAAAAUAAGUGCGCAAAAUGUAUUGCUAUGCAAUUUAAAAUUCCACAAAAAACAGUAAACCUCUACCGCCUGUCAUUUAGACAGCAUACUGCUAAUUUAAAAUAAUAGGUGGACAUUUUGGAAAACACACUUUUUUUUUCAUUGAACUAUAAACAUUUAUAUAUAUUAUACUGUCCAAACUGUUAUUAUCUAAAGCUUGGUUGUAAAAAAAUUGUUAGUAAAAAAAGUAAAAAAGUUUGUUAGUAAUUGUUAAAUUUAGUGUAGUAAUCUAUACGUCUGAAUGAUCUGACUCAAAUCACAAUAUCAAUGCUUAGUAGGUACUUUAAAUACGCAGAAAGUUUAAGAUUUAACUUCUUGGUUCUUUAAAAAAUAACAAAAUCCCCCGAUAUUUGAUAUGGAUGUCCAAGGGAUGAGCACGUUCCACAGCCAGCGGCCAGCAGCACACUUCCAUCAGCUGUCCCUUUUAUAAUUGCCCAUUGAUCAACUGAUAACGUUAAUGUUCACGUGGAGUUCAGUGAGUAAAGUGGCCCAGAAAAUAAACAGUGAGGCAUGAAGACAGCUGGGUGGUGGCUGCCAGCUGCUGAACAAAAAAAAGCAGUUACCUUUUAUUGGCCAGGAUCAGACCGAGCAGGACAGUCCGUCUUGUACAGUAUUUUUGGCCAUACAAAUGGUAGGUUAAUGCCUUGCUUAAGGGCACUAUGACAGUAGUGGUUGAGCCCUGUCUUCUGCUCAGACGCCAGCUCUUUUUGGCUUUGUCAACAAAUUAUCUGGAGAUUUUAAAUAUUUUCUCUCAUUGCAGUAUGUUAAUAGGAGAUUGUAUACACUUUAUGACGCGGUUACUUAUUUGUUAUGUUAGAUUUGGUCAUACAUAAUUUACAUUUAGACUACUGUACGUAUUAGAAAUAGGAGCCACAAGACGGCUUUUGUUUUAUAGAUAGAAUUAUAUAUUCACAAUAUAUUGCUAUGAUCGAAUAACUUUUAUUUUAUUUUUGAUGUGGUUGCAUAGUGCCUAUACGGGUUGUGUACCUGCCGAUUGGUCUGCCGACCUGAGUCAACCAAUCAGACGACAGAUAGAUGAACGAGGCCAUAUUGCUACUAAACAAGAGGAUGGCUCUUUAUCAGUUGCCAGAUACAACUACAUGGAGAAACAAAGACCAGUUAUAAUGUUGAGUCAAGUUUUUUUUAAAUCAGAACAGGACUGUGAUGUUACUGUACAUUCCAAACAAACAACAAAAAAGAAAUUUACAUGUUACUGAAAUGUCUGUUUGAAGUUAUCAGGAUGGAAAUCAUUUUGAUUCUUUUUUUAAUUUUUUUUAUGGGUGUUAGAUGUCAUAAAGAUCCACUAAAGGUCCACUUCAGGUCCAGGAUAGGUUUCAAUGUCGUAUGGAGUUCAAUCCUUACGUUCAAAGUAACAGUACAGGUAAAGAAGACUCUAAUGGGCCCGACUUAAACUUAAACCCAUAGUUUUUUCCAGGUCUAUAAUAACAGUCUAUCAUUUAGAAGGUACAACAUGGCAUUUAUAAGUCAAGGCCUGACUUCUUCUCAGAUGUGCUUCUUGAGAUAAAGUGAGGUGCUGAAGUUGGAAUUUAUCUUUGUGCAAACAGGUUACAUAAAUCUAGAAUACUGUGGUGCAAAAAAAGAGUUUAUAUUUUAUACAGAGGUUUAUUUCAGCAAUCUGUUCGAUAAAACUCACACAACAUAUACAUUUGUCAGUUUUAUCUUUCAGGAAAGACUGUAUUACAGGUUUAGUUCAAAAAGCAAAAGACAAAUACACCAUUUAUACCGUUCUUAUCACACCAAUGCAAAACUCUCUGAUUUUGUUUAAAUACCGACCUCUCUGUUCAGUUAUCUCCUUGCGUACAUUUCAGGCAAGUUAAAUUACGUUGAUUGCAAUUUUCAUCCUCCUCCGUGACUAUUUGACUGUAGUUCUUUAGGAAGGGGUGUGUUGAACCGUUGUAGGUGAUGAAUGUAUUUGUGUGUUUUCUAUGGUAUGUCUAUACCCGUCAAGUGCUUGUUAGAGGUUGUACUCGAGGUGGAACUCGACCCGAUUUGUUUAAAAGGAAAAAAAGAGGAGGAAAUAAAGACAUCAACAUUAAGGAACAUUAUUUAUUUUGGUAGAGGUAGUCUUCUUUUUUUCUGAUUAGUAGUCAAGUCCGAGUUCAGUUUGAUGUAUUUUUGGAGAAAUUAUGUUUGUACAUGUAUACUCUGCGUUGACACCUAAUAUGUAACAUGAAUAAUAAAAAAUAAAAAA